AGUUAUGCAGACUAACUUGCCCACAACUUACCUCACAACUCUGUCUACCAACAGACAGAUCAGAACAUGUGUAUAGAACAACAUCAGACAAGAGACAUUUGUUAAGACAGUGAUGUUUCUACAGCAUAUUCUUAAUCUUAUUCUUAGCUAUGACAACCAAGAGACUUUUAACAGAUCCUGGAUGACAAAUUAAAUGUUUGUUGUUUGAAUCUGGAAUAGAGCAGGGGGACAUAAUAACCAUGCUAAGGACAUGCAGAUGCAAGAGUUUCAAGAGUGUGUGGUGGCUGAAUGCUGUGCUCCUUACUUUGGCUCAUGGAAAAAACUUCAGUCAAGAGUUCCAGGAGAGACUGCCCUGCCAGCCAGGUUUCUACUGUCCUUUGGGGAGCUUCACUCCAGUCCCCUGUCCAAAGGGAACCUAUGGGCCAACUGCUGGUGCUGUGUCUAUAGACAGCUGCCUGAAGUGUCCUCCUCACCACUACUGUCCUAGACCGGGUCUGCCUGCCUCCCUGCCCUGUGGCCCUGUGGCUCAGCAGCCUCUGUCUGGUCAGGACUCUUGCGUCUGCCCGGGAGAGGGGCAGAGCUUCCAGACCAGUGACAGGCGGUGCCACUGUACCCUCGGCUACCAACCUUCCGACAACGGAGAUGUGUGUGUACACAAACUGUACGAUGUCUGCAGAGAUGGAAAAGCACGUACACAGAAUGGAGACUGUCUGAGCAGAUAUCAGUGGUCACUUCACUGUAAGCAGCAGGUGUGUCAAUCUGCAGAGGACUACCAUGGUUAUGAUGGACAGCUGGGUCUGUGCAUUUGUAAAGAGCCCCCUGGCAGAACUGCAUGUGGAGCCCUAUGCAGGAGAACGCCAGAUACUGAGCUCUAUCUCCAGUGCCAGCCCAAAGGAGAAAUGGAGCUGGUAUGGAGCUAUGGCAGUCAGGUGUCGGGCAUAUCAGGCAGCGUGCUGGAGACAGUUUUUAAACAGUGGGACUCCCAGGGGACUCUUCAGUGCAAAAGCCACCUCAACUCCUUACAUCCUGUCUACAUUGUUCAGACAACAGGUGGAGCACACAGCACUCAAAGUGACUUUCUGUCUUUCUCCCUUUCUCUCUCUCUCUGUUUCUCACAUCUUUCCCCCUCUCAUUGUCGGAUCACAGCGGCAGGCUUCCUCGGCCUCCUCAGCGGCCUCCCAAAGGAGCUUCAGCAACUGUUUCCUGUCACCACACAGCGAAACACUCAAAGCUCCGCUGAAAGCGAUUCUGACGUUCUGUGGGAGGUCAACAAAGUUGAAAAUAUCAGUCAAGAAGGUAGAGAAAUGAACUCCAGCAGCAGGAGGGCAAACAGGGGGGAUAUCGAGGAAGAAGUGAGAGGAACAAGUGUAACUGGAGUUCUGAACCCCACAGCGUGUCUCCUUUUGGGUGACGUUCUGCUGUUCACUGUCGACACACGUCACUAUCCUCAGUAUGAUCUUGACAGCUUGUACAACACAAACAGGGAUUUUGACUGGGGUGCAUUCAGACAGCUAAAAGAAGAGCUGACUCUAUCUUGGACUCCUCCCAGCUUCUUUUCGUUAGUCUUUAGCCAGCCUGGAGUAUAUGUUUUCACACUGAGCAGCCAUCAGCACAAACACUUGUAUGUACGAGUGAUGCCUGCAGGCGGCCAGUGUUAUGAGCCCGGCCCCUUCUUCCCCACCAUCCCUCGUCAUGUAACUAGGGUGGGCAUCAGUAAGAGACGCAACCUGUUACUGAGACCAGAUUGGCUGGUGACUGGAGGACUGCUAUUUGGAGCUGUGGUCAUCCUCUGCUUAUGCGUUACACUGCUGAUCCUGUUCCAUGAAUACGGAUGGCCUGAGAAGGAGCCAAUCAGAGCACGGUAUCGCUUGUUGCAGUUGGGCUACAACAUGGACGACUACUCAUCAAAAGGUUCAAGGGUGAUCUCACUUCGGAAGAUUCACCGAAACCAACAAGCUAGAAUGACACAAGACUCCAUUCAACCAGUCUGUGCAGAUACCUUGGAGGAGUUCUGGGAUUAUGAGCACCAGGUGGAUCUGGAGGCAUUCAGCAGCAACACCUUCUACAGCCUGCUGCUCAAACAGAGUCUGUCUGUCACCACACGGCUGGGACAGCUCACCACUGAGGUAAAGCAGCUAUACCAGGGGGUGAUUGGGAAACUGGAGCUACUCCACCCACGCUUGAUCACUGAGGAGAGGAUGGGGGAGGGUUUUGAGAGGAUGAGAAGGGAGGUGGAGAGGGAGAUGGUACGACGAAAGACUCUGGCAUCACAGCUGAGGACACUGUUCGACAGUCAACUGCAGGUCCUGAGGCAAGAGCAGCAGGCCCAGCAGAGGGUGCACAGCGUGUUCACAGCUCAGCUCAGGGAGUGCACCAGACUACUCUCCAAGGUUUAUAACAACCAAUCAUCUUGUGAACUGCAUCAGCAAAAUCUAAUCCAGAGGCUAACAUCCCUGGUGGAUGAGAUGGGAGAGCUGGUGUCAGCAGAGUGCCAGCGUCAGGGGGCCUGGGGGUUGUUAGGUGAGGGUACAGGGGCCAAGCUGCUCUGCCCUGACACUGGAACUGUGCUGACCAAGGACCACAUCUUUGGUCCUGAUGGGUCCCUGCGUGACUGUCGGGCACUUCAUUGUGACUCAGUCACAGGCCUCAUAAGGCCAAACGCUCACAGCCAUAUGCUACUGAGCAGCGGCCACACCAUGGCAGUGCCGCCUGAUUUCUUCCUCCACCCACAGACUGGCAGGGUUAUGCCCAUAGCUGGCAAUGUGGCGUAUGACCCUGCAAGCUCCACUUUAGUGUUGACAACUGAAUCCUAUACAGGAGACAACAAGAAGAUGGACAGUCCCCUUCUCCCUUUCAUUCCUUACCCAACCUCCCGCCACUCAGACCAGCCUCUGCCAAGCACUAGACUCAGGGGCCUCAGACCGGGCCAAAGACUGCAGCUGGGUGUUCCCAUGGCAGACCCAGACACAGGCGUCCCAGUGCCCAUUCUGGCUGUAACCAUCCACCCCCAGACAGGACUAGUCUACCCACUGGGAGGGGUGCAUGUCUGUCCCCUCACCCGCCUCCCACAACCCAUACAGAUUGGCUAUCCAAUGCUGGACUCCAGGACUGGGAAUGUAGUGCUCACUGUUGGGGUCAGUCUAGAUCCAGUAACAGGAGCUGUGUUGCCAGUAGGUGGAGUUUUGCUGGCUGAGUCCAUCAUCGAACCUCUGAGUGGAAGGAUGGUGAAAGUAGGAGGGGCCAGCAUACGAGCUGGGCAACUGCUCUCCAAUGCUGGAGGAUUCCAGGCUCUCCUAGACUGCAAGGUUCUGGCAGUGAUGUUCAAAGUAUUGGAGAUCCUGAAGCCCCUAACUGAAGAGUGGGGAUCAGACCAAACUUUGCAGCGCCAUCAGGGCAGUGAGAGAGGGGGCGGUCGACAAGAUCAUCUUCUUGCUGCAGCCAAGGAGCUCCAGCAGGCCUGGGGAAGGAGCCUGCACUGCCAGCUGCAGCUGCAGACCAGGCUGGAGAUCCUGCUGGACUGGGCUGUGGGUCUCCAGCAGGAUGGAGGAACUCUGGGAGAGAUGCCUUUCCCAGGUUCAGAUAUGUGUGUUCCAGCUCUACUGGGGAUGGAGUACCCUGACCCUAUGGGAUCUGGUCUUAUGGUACCAGUACUGGGGUGUCAGACUGAUAUUGUCUCUGGAAUUACAAUACCGUUGGCAGGGACCAUGGACGACCCGGACGGAAAAGGCUUAGUGGCCAUCCGUUAUGGAUCUCAGACUGUUGACCCAGUGACAGUAGUUUUGGCCCCGGUGGUUGGAGCCAGGUUGGAUCUAUGCAGAAAAACUGUGGUACCUGUCACUGCUUCUUACUGGCUAACGGUGGCGGAUCAAACCGAUAGUGUGCAGGUAGAGGCGCUGCAGAGAGAGGUGUGUGUGCGAAACACUCACUGGCAGCAGCAGAGGCAGCGGGAGGAAGAUAUUCUCUCUGAUCUGGAUGCUGCUUUAUUUCAGUGCCUCUUCAGAGUCACAGAAGCAAACUCUUAUCAGGUCCAGUGGUCAGGGAGGCAGCUGAGGGAAGCAGCCAUGGAGCUGCAGGAUUCAGCGCAGACUGAGGCCCAGAGGAGAGCAGCUCAGCGCUCUCACUUGGCUCUGAUCUUGCCUCCACAUGUAUUACACAUCCUCACACUGGGUGACGAGGAGGAGUGGGAUCAGCAGUGUGUUUGGCACUCAGAGCUUGUGUCAGGCCUUGAUAAGGUGGAUGUGUGUAUGGAGCAGCUGCAGCAAGAACAAGAAAAAUGCAUAACACAGGGAGGAGACUGGGCAACAGCACAGCAAGCUAUGGACAGAGAGCUGAGACAGAGAGGGCUGUGGGAGCAGUGUUGUUCCAGACAGACAGAGUUGGAGGCUGCUCUUAAUGUGCUGCACUUUGUCAGACAUCUUUCUCAGCUCCGUGCCGACACUGCUCAGGCAGUACUGUGCGGAAACUUUUGGUACAAGGAAUAUGGUCUGGUCCAGUGCGGUGUGCAUAGACCAACUGUGAAGGUCAUGGGUUUGCUCCAACAGAUUGCUUUGCCCCUGCUGGAGAGACUGAACCAGCUCCUGGAAGACAAACAGCCUGCCAGCUUCUCCCCCAACACUUGCAAUCAUCACAUUUCCGGUUUGUCAACAAAGCAUGCAUAUGGGCUGGAGAUAGGCUCCAGAGUCUGGACAACUUCUGUGCCUGUGGUGAAAGUUUGUGUUUCUGAAGGAAUCUCCACCCAAUCUUUGAUGGAGCCUAUCAAUUUAGCUCAAUCCCAGGACACGGGUCUGCAGGCCAGCUCAACACCGACGCACAACUCACAAAGACACACCACAUCCUCUGGAAUCCACUCCCAGGAGAGCCAGCCGAUGAAAGAGUCUUCUCUGCCAACACAUAUAUCUGUCCCCACAAUUCCAGAGGAGGAGUGGGGCAAGCUGCUGGAGCUCUCUCCUUUGUUCCAGCUGUUGAAAGAGGUGCAGCUACAGUUGAAGGGUUGGGCCUGUGGGGCAGGGGUUCUUAAAGGAGAGCUCGCUGACAAAGGCAAGAGUUUUAUAGAUGUCCUUGAUGCUCAGUGGGAAUGUGAAGGAGAGCUGAUCCCUUUGGACCCGUCAGUCCUAAACCCCAGGGAAUUCCUGGUCUACAAGCAUGGACUAUUCCUUAUACAAACACUGAAUAAUCUAAAACUGACUCCAGAAAUUUCACUUCAGAUAGCAGAUAGUCUCCCAAACAACAACUACUUCAACAAUGCCUUCAGAAAUUCCUUCUUUUAUCAGGAAGCAGAAGAGACCCUCUUUGUCCGUCGCCAGAGGCUUCAGUCAGUUGGAGGCUUCUCUUUGCUGCUGCUCCACUGUCUGUCCCAUGUCAAAAUUAAAGACAUGAGCUCUGACUCCAGUCCUGCCUUCCAGAGGCUUUUCUUCAAGAUACUGCAGGCAUGUUUGGGGGAACUGUUUCAGGCCAGACUGGGCGUGCACCCCUCUGGACGGGAAGCCAAUUUGUGUGUCUUGUUUCAGGACCAAGGGGCCUCUUCAGGGGGCUUAAAAGGGACUCUAUCAGACUCUCACGCUGCCUCCCUGCUUUAUAGACUUCAUAAACCAAACAGAGGGUUGCUGUCUGAAGAUCAGGAAGUUGGGGAACUUCACAGGAAACACAGAGACAUUCAUCUGUUCUCCAAUCUUGAAGGAAUUUUGAGACUUAAGAGCUCUGGUGUUUCAGAGAAAGAUGGAGACCAGAUUGGGUAAAAAUAUGUACCUUUAUGCAUCCAUAUUAGUGUGCAGAAAUGUUAGUUUAAAAAUUCUAAACCAUUCACCACAUCCAUAAAAUCAUGGACUCUCCAGGUAAAUAAUUGAGAGCGUCAGUGAAGUUUGAUGGCUGAAAUCUGCAUGUGAGAAGACUUUCUGGUAGAGCUGUUGUCUCAUGUUGUUACUUGCUGACCUACGGAAGAGAAGUCUGGACCAAUCAGCGUUUCCUGGACUUAUCAGUGGACUGCAUUCUAUGGAUAUUUUGCACUUUACACUGGUUGCACUUUAUUGCUUAAUAUACUGUUUUCAUAUUAUUUUUAUUGUGAAACUCAAUAAAGAUCUUAAUGAAUGAUUA